UGGCACUUCUUUCAGUCACGCGAGAAAAAAAUCCGAAUUUGUGAUUAAAAAUUCUGUUGUUAAAACUUAUUGUUUAAACUUUAAAGUCUUGUUGUGUUGUUUAUAAAGUGUUUGAGUGUGUAUUUGUGUACUUUGGCUGUGUAGUUGGCUUGUUAUAAGCGAAAAAAUGCAGCAUUUUUUCUGUUCUACAUAAUGUGUUGAUAAAAAAACAACGAUUUUUUGUGACUGCCCAUCACAGAUAACACCAAAAUGAAUCAAAACAUGGUUGAAAUGGAUCCGCUCAGUUCAUACGAAUACCCAGGCUACGAUACGUACAACCCUGCUCCAAUUAUUACCCCAAAUUUAAUUCCCCCUAACAUUAUCCCCCCUAAUAUUAUCCCACCCUACAACUAUGACGUCAAAAUGGAACCUCCACCGAUGACAAACCAUGAAUUCUUCAACAACUUCCUUCAAAAUGUCACCGAAAGCAACGUAAACCAAGAGAAAGUACAUACAAACCUCAACGAAGAACCAAAUAGAAAUAACUUUAGUAAUAACGUAGCACAAAAUAAUACAGAUAAUGACGUAAAACCUGAUAUUAAGAAAACGAUUAAAAAGGAAAAAUUAAAAGGGAAACGCAGCAGUUAUUGGUCUGAGAAAAUUACAGAUGACAAUUUCCAGUUUUACGGUUGUGCUAUAUGCAAUAUAAGUUACCCAUCGUUAGGUGAGCUAGACCAACACGUUACUAUACACAAAGAUAGAUUAACUAGCUACGAUUUAAAAAUUAAGAACUUAAUGAAGAGAAAAAAGUUAAAAAAAGAACAAAAAAAGCUAAAGAAACUCAAAGGAAAGGUAAAAAAGGAAGACAAAGAUUUUGAAAUACCGGAAAUUAAGCCAGAAGAAGGAUAUAUAGGUAACGAAAAGGCAACGGAGUAUAACGGGGAUAGUUCAAAUCAGAACAACGAAAACCAACCAUCAAAUAGUACGGAUGAUAAAAAAGAUGUGAAAUUGACGACUAACGAAGAUUCAAAUGCAACGGACAAGAAUUUGGAGAAGAUAUACAAAUGUUUCGCGUGUCAAAAACAGUUCACGCUUAGUUAUUAUUUGAAACUUCACGUGAGAUCACAUACAGAUGAAAAACCAUACACCUGCUCAGUUUGCGGACAGUCGUUUAUAACCGCAAGCAAACUUGGGAGGCACAACAAGAGAAUUCAUCUGUCUGUCAGAUACCAAUGCAGGAUAUGUUAUAGGUUCUUCAAUAGAUUUGAAAAUUUGACCGUGCACUUCGAUAAGAAACACCCGGAUGACAAAUUGGAAGGAGAACCGUAUGACUUCAACGCAAUCCUACCAUAUCUGAAAGAGCUAGAAGAACAACUGAGAGAGAAGGCAGAGGCAGAAGCCGAAGCGAAACCCAAGUCCGAGGACAUGUGGGGAGACGUGUUUGAACACAACCAGACAACGGAUAGUGGUCCCAGCGUACUGCCUAAGGACGAAGACACCAAACACUUCGACCCUCCCCCUCCCAUCGACGUCCAGAUCGAAGAAGUCAAAGUGGACCCUCCAGACGUCGACAUCGACGUCGACAUCAAGCGCGAGUGUGACGACGACGCGCCGGCCGACGACGACAGCGUCAAGGACGAGAGGUUUUCUGGACCCUAUAUCGAAGAAGUGAAAGUGGACCCUCCAGACGUCGACAUCGACGUCGACAUCAAGCGCGAGUGCGACGACGACGCGCCGGCCGACGACGACAGCGUCAAGGACGAAAGAUUUGAAAAUUUGACUGUGCAUUUUGAUAAGAAACAUCCGGAUGAUAAAUUGGAAGGAGAACCGUAUGACUUCAACGCAAUCCUACCCUAUCUAAAAGAGCUAGAAGAACAACUGAGAGAGAAGGCAGAGGCAGAGGCCGAAGCGAAACCGAAGUCCGAGGACAUGUGGGGAGACGUGUGCGAACACAGCCAGCCUGCAGAUAGUGGGCCCAGCGUACUGCCUAAGGACGAAGACACCAAGCAUUUCGACCCUCCCCCUCCCAUCGACGUCCUGAUCGAAGAGGUCAAAGUGGACCCUCCAGACGUCGACAUCGACGUCGACAUCAAGCGCGAGUGUGACGACGACGCGCCGGCCGACGACGACAGCGUCAAGGACGAGAGAUAUUCCGACGACGAUUACUUCCCAUCCAACACAUGGGCAGCCUCUCCCAAGAUAGAGGAAGUUCCUCCCCCCUCCCCGACCCGCCACAAAAGGACAAAAGGCGACGGCCCCCUCAAAUGUGACGUGUGUUCUAAGAGCAUUAGCACAGUGUCCUAUAUGAGGGUGCAUAUGCGGACCCAUACUGGAGAAAGGCCUUUUAAGUGUUAUGUGUGUGGGAGGGGCUUUAUCACGUCGAGCAAGAUGCAUAGACACGUGCUGACUCAUCAGGAGACUUGGGAGGGUGACGAAGCUCCAGUGAAAUUAGAAGAUGUAAAGCCAGACAUGGAAGAAACGGGUAAAGAUGGGAAAUUGGAUAAAAAAAGUCUAAUAAAGAAGGCCAAAGCGAAAUUCAACAAGAAGCAAGGUCCGGGCGAAAAGCAGAAGAAGUAUAAGAAACGGCCGCACGCGUGCGAGUUCUGUCAUAAACGGUUCCUGCAUUUGGAGACUUUGCAGGUCCACAAAAAAUGCCACGACGGUGAGGAUCUAGUAAUGAAAUGCAACUUCUGCCUGGAGACGAUGCCUGAUGAACCGACGCUCCGGGAGCACGAAGCCACACACAGCGGACCGAGGCCCUACCUAUGCACGAUAUGCGGCAAGGGAUACAAGAAGAAAGAGACCAUGGUGUACCACCGCAAGCACCAUAAGCCAGACAAGGAUUACAUCUGCAACGUGUGCUCCAAGUCCUUCAACGCGCCGUGCAAGUUGCAACGACAUAUCGUCAGCCAUAGAGCUGACAAAUUCGUGCUUAGGUACGAAUGUCCAGUUUGCGCUCACAUGUUCAACACGAAAUACCACGUCCAAAUGCAUCUGGCGACGCACCAGAAAGAGGGGCUCAUAAUGGAAGAAAACCGCAACGAAAUCCUAGCAAUGGUGCUCCAAAACGCUCGAAAAAUACCCAAGCAAACAGACGGUAGUGCAAAUCUAACGGAUCUGAUACCUUCAGACGAGCGAUCGCGCGUUUGCAACAUUUGUGGCGAAGUUUUUCAACAUUUCUAUUAUUUAGAAGAACAUCUGAAAGGCCACGGCUCUAGAAUAGCUUUAGAAGAUAUAACCAAACCUGAAGAGAAAAAACAUGUCUGCCAAGUAUGUAAUAAGAGUUUUAAACUGCAUUAUUAUUUGAAAUUGCACAGUUUUACUCAUACGAAGGAAAAACCAUUUAUAUGUCAGCAAUGUGGGAAAGGAUUUAUAACUAAAGGCAAACUCAAGAGGCAUCUUGAGACGCAUACCGGUCUCAAGAAAUACCAGUGUCAUAUUUGUUACAAAUUUUUCACGAGACCCAGUUAUUUGCGAAUUCAUGUACGGACGAUACAUGGGAACCAAGAUUAUAAUUUUAGGCUUGAAAAGAACUAUAGUGUUGGCUCUAUGUCGAUGAUGAGCCAAUCUAGCAUGUAGACUUGCGACUAAGUCGCAAAAGCGUGCGACUAAGUCGCAGAAACGUGCGACUAAGUCGCAAGUUUAGUGAAAUUUGUUACAGCAAAAUUUUUUGCGCUUGACUCAGUCAUAGACUUGCGACUAAGUCGCAGAAGCGUGCGACUAAGUCGCAAGUUUAGUUAAAUUUGUCGCAGCAAAAUUUUUUAGCGCUUAACUCAGUCAGUGCCUGAGGUAUGGGAGCGGCACGGGAGGGGUGA